AUGAUAUCAUCAAAUUGAAUCGAAAGGAAGGAAAGAAGCAGAAUUUUCCAAAACUGAAUAGAAGACUCCAGCAAAGUGGUGUCCGGCAAUUCAGGAUGAGAGUGAGGUGGGGAAUCCAACAGAAUUCUGGUUUUGGUAAGACUAAUCUGAGCCGCAGAGGAAGAGUAAUGCCUGGAAAGAGACGUCCUUAUGGAGUUAUCACUGGCCUUGCAGCUAGGAAGGCAACUGGAAUUCGAAAAGGAAUUAGCCCUAUGAAUCGUCCACCUCUAAGUGACAAGAAUAUAGAACGAUAUUUUCCAGUGUUAAAAAGGAAGGCAAAUCUUCUGAGACAAAAUGAAGUGCAGAGGAAGCCAAUUGCAGUUCUCAAGAGACCUAACCAGUUAAAUAGAAAAAAUAACAUUCCAGCUAAUUUUUCCAGAAAUGGAAAUAAGUUAAGUCAUCAGAAAGACACUCGUCAGGCAACUUUUCUUUUCAGAAGAGGUCUGAAGGUUCAGGCCCAGUUGAACACAGAACAACUACUAGACGAUGUAGUAGCAAAGAGAACUCGUCAAUGGCGUACUUCUACCACAACUGGAGGGAUUUUGACUGUAUCCAUUGAUAAUCCUGGAGCAUUGCAAUGUCCGGUAACUCAGAAACCACGAUUAACUCGUACUGCUGUACCCUCAUUCUUAACAAAACGGGAGCAGUCUGAUACAAAGAAAGUUCCUAAAGGUGUCCCCCUACAAUUUGAUAUCAACAGUGUUGGAAAACAGACAGGGAUGACUUUGAAUGAACGAUUUGGGAUCCUGAAAGAACAAAGAGCUACUCUCACGUUCAACAAAGGAGGAAGUCGUUUUGUAACAGUGGGAUAGAUCUCAUCCAUGUCAGAAGGACUUUUGAUUGAUGACUGUGAAAAGUUGAAUUGCUUGAAGAGUUCAUCACAUAAAUUCAAGAAACUUCAAAAUA